AUGGGGGUUGGUGAAAUUGAGCUUCGGAAACGCUUGUGGUGGUGGGUCUAUGUGUUUGACAGGUUUACUUCUAUUCUUCACAGACUGCCUCCCCUGAUCAACGACGCCGACGUUGACAACGACCUACCUAUUGACUGUCUAAAUGACUUAGAGGCCACGGAGCUUUCUCAUCCCUUACCGGGGGAAAGAACCGCAGUAUUUGUGUUCCUGCAAUACGUGAGCCUUGGCAAAAAGCUCUCAAGAAUUCUCGAUCUUUUAUAUACAAUGACACAGCGGCGUGAUGGCGCAAGGAAAAUCAUGGACCUAGAGCGUGACCUCCGAGUGUGGAAUCAAAAUCUCAAAGCGGAUGGUAUUCCUUUUGACAUUGGGAUUACUGGCCUGCAGCAUUCAUCCGAUGGUGCCAACCAUUCCUAUGAGAGCACGAAUAUAUGGCUCCAACUCAUGGCGAACAUAACCAUGACUUUAAUACAUCGCCCUGGCCUUUCAUUUGACGAUACAACAUCAGAGUUUGGCAAUUGUCUCAAGGCAUGUCUCGAUUCCGGCAGUGCCAUCUUGUUCUUGGUUGAAACAUCUAACAUCCCGAAGUGGCUUCGAAAUCUGAGUCUGGUCGGACCGGCUACAAUCUUUCAAUCUGCCCUCGUUUACAUCUACUCUCAAUUCAAAUAUCACACGUUUAAGCCAGAUGGCUUCCCAGCGCUUGAUACUAGCAUGGGCAUGGUUUCGAAAGGAAUAUCUAUCUUGACAAUAGAGAGUACUCGGGCUACUCGAGCGCAGGGAGGCUUUUACUCUAAAUCUCUCAGUGAGAUUAUUAAAACCUUACAAACAUUACUUUCGUCACUGCCAGCUAUGCAAGGCUUGGUGGAGACUCCUCAUGUGAUGAAUGAUGGCGUUUCUGUCAGUAAUGCGCCCGACACUUUUGACGAGCAAAACUGGGGUGGCAAUGCAUUGGACUCUUUGAACUAUAUGACGGCUUCUGACUGGAUGGGUGAUCCAUCAGGCCCGUUCAUGGGAUUCAUGGAUUUGGGCGAGUCAUGA